AUGCCCGUCACAACCUUUUUGGAUAAUCCUUUACUCAAGGUCAGUCGUCCAGUCGCUGCCUGCUCAAGAUGUCGGACCGCGAAGAUCAAAUGUGACGGAAAGCUCCCCGCGUGUUCGGCUUGUGAAAGAGUCAGCAAGGCAAGCACUUGCUCCGGAGCAAGUGAUGAGUUCGCCAAAGGAAAAGAAAGGAGUUAUGUCGCGUCACUGGAAGGCUAUUGUGAGAAGCUGGAGAAGAAGAUCAGUCAGUUACGCGCCCGAUCAACCUCGCUGUCUGCGGAGGGUGAUGGGGUCCCUCGGGAAAUGUCUAUCACCUCCGUCUCGUGCGAAAGUGCAUUGGGUCCUACACACCGCAGGGAGGUGUCGGACAUUGAUGAUUUAGUUGGUGAUUUUGGUUUCUUGUCCGUCAAUGCGACUUCGCGAGACUUCCAUGGCAUUACCUCGAAUACCUCCUUCGCCAACCUUCUCCUCUCAGUCGCACUAGUCGACUCUCCUCCAUCCUUCCCCUAUUCACUACCUGCACGACAUGAAGCGACCCCGUUACUACAACAUUAUUUUGAUAAUGUCUUUGUACAGCUGCCUUUCUUUGUCGAAACAAGCUUCUGGACCUCGGUAGAUGCCGUGUAUCAGUCAGGCGGCCGGUUCGCCAAACCUUUCGACCAUUGGAUACUGCGCAUGGUUCUCGCUAUCGCUUCGGCGUCAAUCUCAUACCAUAACACUGAUAAGAGUCAUCAAAGGGCAUGGGCUCUCGUGUCAGAGGCUUUGACAUAUGCUGAGGAAGUCCUCCGCCCUGGGUCAAUUUCGGGAAUCCAAGCAAUCCUACUGCUUGCUCAAUAUUCUUUGGUUGACCCGGUACACUUUCGUAGUUGGUAUUUGGUUGGAAUGGCUGUCAAGGUUGCGGUCGAUCUAGGCUUGCAUCAAGAUCCCCCUGCUGAAGUUUCGACUAAUCCGGAUCGACUUGAUAUUCGCCGGCGUGUGUUUCAUUGCAUCUAUUGUCUAGACAGAGGAUUAAGUCCUGCUAUGCAGAGAACCUACUCGUUCUCCGACGGAUCUGUGAACGUUGCCUUGCCAUCAAUCACCGCACUAGGGGCUCCUAUAGAGCAAACCCAUAUCUUCUUACGCAGCCCGGCGCCUGCCUUGCAUAUCGUCAAAAUUCGACAGAUUCUCUCCGCAGGCUAUCAAGAAAUGCAUUACAAUGGGCGCGAUCCAUCCCCGCAGCCCUUGGUCCUCAUCUGGACCCUGUGCUGGCGAGCCCGGGAGUGGUUCCAUCAAUGCCCCAAGAAUGCCCCCAAUCACUUCUCACUUUUAUACCGACUUGAACUAUUAUACACCAUGAUCAUCCUCCUAUCACCUUCACAUCGAUAUCCAACACUCCACGACUACAACAAAGCCCUCUUGUUCGACCGGUGCAUGGACUAUAUCAGCCAAAUUCACCAGGUCCUUGAGAAUCCCAGCGCCUUACCCUUCCUGACAUACCUGGAUAUCCAGCGUGUUCACCAAGUGGGUCGAUUAUUUGUGAAUGUCCUGUCCGAAAAUUACGACAAGCUCAUUAGCGCCACCGUCCCAACACCCCCGUCCGUCCCCCUUGGGACUCCAGAACCACCAGUAUUGGCCGACGAGGACUUGUUCAAUUGCCACGCACGUGCCAUCCGCUGCCUAUCCUAUAUUCGCGACUUGCUCAAAUAUUGUGAUAGGAAGUGGGAUAUACAUGGACAUCUAGAGCAGUUCGAGCACGAGUCUGCCUCCAUAGAGAAAAUUCUGAUGGAUGGCUCGGUGGGCUAUAUGUCGAACCAAGGGAUGUAUUCUCAAGACCCGUUGUUGGGGGUGCCGCUGGCCGGCGAUGCAUACUCGGGGUACCUCGGGGUGUGA